AUGUCUUCAACAUCGCAACCCAAAGAUACGACGGAGACUGAAUCACUUCCUCCACACCUCGACCCCCAAACCUACCCACGAACCCUCACAACAGCCCACGGCCCCAAUCAAUCGCCCAUCCACCUCGAACUCACCUACACCCCGCUCUCCCCCACCACGGCCCUAAGCACAAUCUCCUCGCCCUCAAACGGCGCAAAUGUCCUCUUUCUCGGCACAACGCGGGACACAUUCGAAGACCGCCCCGUCGCGCAGCUCUCAUACACAAGCUACCCAGCGCUCGCGCUGAAAUCGCUGAACCGGAUCGCGACGGACGCGGUGGGCGAGUUCGGCCUUGGCGCUGUUUAUAUUGCACAUCGGCUGGGCGUUGUUCCUGUGGGUGAGGCGAGUAUUAUUGUUGCGGUUGGGGCGGGGCACCGUGGGGAGACGUGGAGGGGGGCUGAGAAGGUCCUUGAGGUUGUGAAGGAGCGGGUGGAGAUUUGGAAGAGGGAGGAGUUUGUGGAUGGGGGGAUGGAGUGGAGGGAGAAUAGGGAGAGAGAUUCUAGUGGGAGGAAGAAGGGGGAAGCUACAUAG